GUAGCCCGUUGUGUUUACAUAUCCCACAGCUGUCGGCCUUAGGAGAGAUGUAGUGGACAUUCAGUAAUAGCUACUGUUCCGCGAUGCACAGCGCAGACAAGGAAUAUUCCGGUGGCGUACAGCAUCGAUAAAUUGUGCUUAGUCAUCGUGACAGGCAUUCCGAUUUCUCUGUAUAUACAACAGGAAGCGGGUUAAAUUCAUUCAGCCACAGCAUCGCCAUGACUGAGAAGGCCUACACAACGACGUCUGCCUUCCCGGCGCUCACCCCGGGCAAAAUGAGGAUCUACAGCAUGAGGUUCUGCCCAUUUGCUGAGAGAGCAAGAUUAGUUCUAGCGCAUAAGAACAUAGAACAUGAGACAGUGAAUAUUGAUUUGAAGCAGAAGCCAUCAUGGUUCCUGGACAGGAACCCCAACGGCGCUGUUCCCAUCUUAGAACAAGACGACAAGGUGCUCUAUGAGUCUCUGGUCUGCGCUGACUACCUGGAUGAAGUGUACCCAAACAACAAACUGACCCCCUCGGACCCGUACAGGAGGGCACGGGACAGGAUCAUUGUGGAACUGUUUUCAAAGGUAAUGGGCCCUUUUUACAAGACAACUUAUGGCAAAGAUGUCCCAAAGGAUGCUAUCAAGGAAUUCCAUGAUGCUCUUGAUCCAGUGGAGAAGGCUCUUGCAGAGAGAGGGACCCCGUUCUUUGGUGGCAGCUCAGUACAGAUGGUUGACCUCAUGAUUUGGCCUCUCACUGAAAGGUUUGACGCUAUGGCCCAAUUAGUGAAGGAAGCGAGGGUGACAGCUGAUCGGUACCCCAAGUUUACCAAAUGGAUUGAAAACAUGGGCAAGGUACCUGCCGUGCAGAAAUGUCGCUGGGACACACCGACACAUGUCCAUUUCAUAGAAACAUCUAAAGCUGGAAAACCAGACUAUGACUUCGGACUUUGAAUUUUGCAUCUGCAUAUUCGCGGAAUUCUGCGAUGACCACACACUAUAGCUAUUGUACCUAUGUAGUUCAAACAUAAAUGCGUAUGUGCCUUUAUAGAAUGUGUAGCUAUAGCUAGCAGCUGUUCGGACUGCAGGGUUUCAUUGUUUUGUGUUGCUUACUUUAAACUUCACUAUCAAAGUUGUCUCACAUUCUCAA